UCAGUCACCGCCGCCGCCACCUGGCGCCGACGAUUCCGACUUCCGAGCCCUAGUYCAAUCAUUUCAGUGGGACAGUGACUCAGUGUGUUCAUAACGUUAUCGAGACAUGUCAUUUGUACGGCGUUCUGGUUCUGUUUCUUUCGUACGAAAUUUCGCGCGCCAUUUUUCUUGAACUAUUUUAUUUCUCAAUGAGACCCACGCCAUAAAAUCAAUUACAUUAUGGGCACUCUGGACAAACACUGCACUGGCUACAAAAUCGAUGACGUGUUCAAGUCUAACGCCUUAGUAGACAUCAGGGCUUGCAAYAAGCCCGUGAUCAAGGCAUUAUUCCGUGGAGUGCGUAGUUCAAAGUUUCGUCAUGUAUAUGGAUCCCCGUCCAGGCGAGAAGAAUUGUAUGACAAUAUUCCAAUCACUCGCAACGCUCAUGAUUCUAAUUUUUGUGCUGCCAACCCAAAAUUUGUUGCCAUUGUAACUGAAGUAGCUGGUGGUGGAGCAUUUGUAGUAUUACCAAUCAAUAAGACUGGUCGUUUAGAUUUAAAUACCAGCAAAGUUACUGGCCAUAGAGGUCCAGUUUUGGAUGUAAAAUGGAAUCCAUUCAAUGAUAACAUAAUUGCUUCUUGUUCUGAUGAUUGUACUAUUAAAUUAUGGUAUAUCCCAGACAGUGGUCUAAGUUGCAACUUGAAUGAAUGGCUUAUAGAGUUACGUGGACACCGCCGCAGGGUGGGCUACAUUGAAUGGCAUCCAACUGCAGAAAAUGUCAUAGCUAGCUCUGGUUUUGAUUAUAUGGGUGAUGGCAAUAUAAGAUAUUAUGAAAUAGUUGAUGAAUCACCGUAUAUACAUUUUUUAAAUCAAUUUAUAUCCGGUUGCCCACAGAAAGGAUUUGGAAUGAUGGUUAAACGUGGUUGUAAUGUGAGUCGUUGUGAAAUUAUGCGAUUUUAUAAACUACAUACUACUCGUAAUGUCUGUGAACCAAUUUCAAUGAUUGUUCCAAGAAAGAGUGACCAGUAUCAACAUGACUUGUAUCCUGAUACUGCUGCUCCGGUACCAGCAUUGAGUGCCCAAGAAUGGUUUAAUGGAAUUAGCAAACCGCCAGUUUUAAUGUCAAUGAAAACAGGGAUUUCAGUAAAAACACAUAAGCCCCAAGCAUUUGUUUCCAAUGAAGCCACUCGCAAUGACACUAAUUAUCGUAUGAAAUUUGCUUUCCUCUCCAAGGAAACAGUGCCUGAUUAUCGACCACUAGAUAUGUUGCCGGAGAUUGAAAAGAUCCAAAAGACUCAAGUUAAUCAAAACACGAGAUUUCAACAAAUACAACAGAAAUUGAGUAAUUCAUUAGUAGGAAAAUUCACUAACACUGGUUUUAGUAAGAAAACAGUUUUGAACAGAAAUGAUAUAUAA